CAAUCGGAUUGAAGGGCCAGUGCCAGGAAGACCUAUCAUACAGUGGGGGCCGGGAUGCAGCGGGGCAGACGGCGGGAGGCUCAGGAGAGCUCUCCUGCGGGCGACAGCAGGGCCAGGCCCUGGAGUCAGUGCAGGACACCAGCAAGCACAGCUCACAGGAAAUGAUCCAUUCCCUGCGCUCGCUCACCCGAAAGGCCCGAACCUCCAAAGUUCCAGGAGUGCCAUGGAUGGCUGUGCAGGCCAGCGGUCAUGCCUCUCUCCCUGCCUGCGGAGGGGAGAAGAAAUGAAACCGAGGGAGUGUGUCUCCAUCCUCCCCCUGAAGGAAAGCCCCUCUGUCCCGUUCUCCAAAGAUGGAGCGCUGCUGGCCGUGACCCUGCUGCUGGCCCUGACGGCCAGCUGCCUCUCGGUGCUGGCUUUCUGCAGGGUGGCCGCCCUUCAGGCCGAGCUGGGGAGCCUCCGGGCGGAGCUGCAGCAACACCAGGCAGAGCGGCUGCCAGGCCCCCCCCAGGCCGGAGCCGCAGCCCCCGGGGCAGCCGUGCGGGAGGCUCCAGCUGUCACCUCGGCCCUGAAAGGGAUCUUCGCACCACCCGCUGCAGGAGAGGGCAACUCCAGCCAAAGCAGCAGGAACAAGCGUGCACUUCAGGGUCCAGAAGAAACAGUCACUCAAGACUGCUUGCAACUGAUUGCAGACAGUGAAACGCCUACCAUACGGAAAGGUAAUAAGAUCAUCUCCCGCAACGUUUCGACUUACAGUUCAAUCACGUGUAAGACUGUAUUCAGACUUCAUCUCACAUCAGCUGUCUGCCUCCAAACUUCUCAGAAUCAGAUGUAAAAUAAGAAACUUCAAUUUAUUCAAAAUGAUCGGGGAAUAAAUAUUUAGGCUAAGGUAAUAAUCUAACAAACAGAAUUACCUUAGAGACACGAAUACUUAGAGAUUUAAAAUAAUUAGCAUUUGAUAAAACCAAUACUAAGCCAAAUUCAGGGUUUUUUUUAUUUUUUAGAAAUCAUUUUGGCUUCUCAGUGACUCAGGAUCAUCUUCACAAAUAUUAAUUGCCCUAUUUUAUUAGGUUUUAGAAAUCAUAAUAGGAUGAAGGUGAAACUGAAUGUACCAUAAACAUUUUAUAUUAAUUAUUAGUAAAUAUGUGCAAAUGAAUAUAACACUUUUAUGAUAAUCCAAUGUGAAAUGAUUACUUUAUAUUUUGCAUGUAUUGGUUAAA